CGUGGCCUUCCUAUAAACAGACACCCUACACGUGUCCCACCCUGCACUUCCACAAGGCUUCUGGAUAGGAACAGCAGCCCAAGGCUUUGAAGGCCUCAAUCAUGGAGGCAGUAGCCCUGAGAGUGAGCAUAGAUGUGAGGCAUGGGCUGGAGGCCCCCUACCCAUGCCCCACAGGAACAGGGGAGGGGCCAUCUAGGAGCUGCUGGUGCAACAGGUCUGCCCGGCUGGACGCCAAUGUGUAUGUCGCACUGAGGUACCUGGAAUACAAGACGAUCCUUGGCAGCCACCAACCCUAGUCUGAGCUCCUCUGGGGCCUGAGAGUCCUCCACUAGACCAGCAAGAUGAGCGCGCCAAGAGUCAUCACCCAGCAGCAGAACCGAGACCCCAGGAAGGGAAGGCUCAUUUCUUGGAGGCUGUAGAUGGUGCGUUCAAGACAAUGGAUGUGGAUAUGGCUGAGGAACAUGUCAGGGCCCCGAUGAGGGCCCAGACGGACAUCGGGGAUGAAGCUCUGAUUGGACAAUGGUGCUGGGAUGACAUACAGGUGGAGCUUCUGACAUGGUAUGAGGAUGGAGAUUUUAGCAAUCGCUGGGGCCAGGAUUCCUUUGGCUUUCUGGGCCAGAAACCAUCAGUAGAUUCUGAAUGGCAACCGUGCCAACAGAACCACUGGGAGAGUUGGAGUCAGCCCUGGCUCCAAUGGUGGGGCCAGCACCACAUUUUAGACGGGCCCAGCACCAGCAACACUGUCCAGACCAGAAAUGCCACCAGAAAGAGUGCCAACUUCCCCGGGAUCCAAUAAUGCUGAUGAAUGGCAGCAGUCACUCACCAAGCCAGGGUGCAUCCCCUGACUCCUUCACACAGCACUCGGGGCACCUUCCAAACCUGCUCAUCCGAGAUGGCAUGCAUGAGGAAGCCGUCUUCGCCCUUCUUGUUUUCGUCGUGUGCUUUUGUUGUGUUUUCAUAUUUUUGGUAUCCAUGUUACAUUAAAGUUGCAAAAUUAAGAAAAGAAAAAAACAAAAAUAAAAUAUGAUGGGAGCUAAGCACACCGUUGUCUGCAAUCCACAUAGGCUUACAGUGUAA